AUACACAAUGGAUUACUUACUGACUUUGGAUUCAUAUCAGUCAUAGCGGUGUGUCUGUAAAAACACACUCCGGUUAUAUUAACUUCUUAAAAAUGAAUGGGAGGUCAUGCAGUAUGAGCCAUUGCACAACAGGUAUUCCUCAUGGACCUAGGAUGGUCAGUGGACAGCAGAUGCCACCUAUCAGAGUUCAUGCAGGAAUGCCCUGCCCAUCUUCAGAUAGCAGCACCCCAAGCCCAGCUAUUGGAAACUUGUCUGCCGGCCUACACGUAAAGAUGCCCCUUGGAGGAGGGGUAGCGCCUCAGAGCAACAUCAUUGACAGUACUGUUCACCUUCCUGCUCUAAGUCCUAGGAAACAAGUGGUUACAAAUGGGAAGCCUUUAUUACAAGUCCCACAGCCCCCAGGACUGCCAGCCCCACAGUCUUUAAAGCCAAACCAGCAAGAAUUUGGAAAUGCUUUCUCCCCAUGCACAGGUGAAGGCGGUCUUGGUUACGGACCCCAGUGCAAGUCCAUUGGAAAAGGCAGCCACAACAAUGUGACAGUCACCAGCAGUCCCAUGACAGUUCAACAGCUGGGACCUGCUUCACCUCCUGCUAAUCAGGUUUCAACAGCAUGCAACCAGAUCAGCCCUAGCUUGCAGAGGUCUAUGGAUGCUUCAAGCCUGAGUGCUUCUCUGUCAGAUACAAGGUCGCUCUUGUCGCGUGAGUCUCUGGCCUCUACAACGUUAAGCUUGUCAGAAAGUCAGUCCACUUUGAGUGUUAAGCAAGAGUGGUCACAUGUGUACAGGACACUUCCUUCUGUUCCUCCUGAUCAAGGUUUACAAAACAGCAGUGAGCUGGGGGACUUACUAAAUUUUUCACCUGGAGCAUCUGUGUCCAAUGACUGCAUCUCUAACACAUUACCAUCCUACUUAUAUGGCACAGAAAAUAAGCAUUCCCCUCACUCCAGUCCUCACCAUUCCUCAGCCCGGUCUCAAUCAGCCCGCUCCAAAAAGAGAGCACUCUCUCUACCUCCUCUGUCUGACGGCAUUGGGAUCGACUUCAAUACAAUCAUCCGUACAUCCCCAACGUCUCUGGUGGCCUACAUCAACAGCUCCAGGACAUCACCAGCAAAUGUCUCCCCACAACCUGAGGUCUAUGGACAUUUUUUGGGAGUGAGAGGAAGCUGUAUACCCCAAAAUUGCUCUAUUCCAGCUGCCCAGAAAGGCCUUCUAAUGGCUAAUGGCAAUUUCACGUUCCCAGAGUAUGUUGAGAAUGGGGCUGGUGAGUACCAGCGGAUGCAGCAGCUGGAACAAGCCAGCUUGCAGAUGGCCACAAGUAACAUGGUGAUCCAGCAGGGCAUGCCACCCAUGGACAACCAGGCAGCGGGCAUCCUGAAAAAUGAACGGCUGGAUGACUUCUCAGGCCGUACAGUUGACAUGCCUCCUCCACCCCUGCUGCCGCCACCUCCUCCACAAGGGCCACCCCCACCAUACUGUGCUCACCAGCAUGGGCAUCCGCACAGCCUCCCCAGUUGCAUUUACCCAUUGCCCGUGCCUCCUUCUGCCCCAGGCUCCCUGCUUGUUGAAGAUGGUGAGCUAGGUGACUUCAGUGGCAAGCAUGGCUGUCAGUGGGUUGACUGUGGUGUGCUGUAUGACCAGCAAGAGGAACUUGUGCAGCACAUAGAGAAGAUCCAUAUAGACCAGAGGAAGGGAGAGGACUUCACUUGCUUCUGGGCAGGGUGUCCACGAAGGUACAAGCCAUUUAAUGCACGUUAUAAACUGCUGAUUCACAUGAGAGUCCAUUCAGGAGAGAAGCCGAACAAGUGCACAUUUGAGGGUUGCAAGAAAGCCUUUUCCAGACUAGAAAAUCUCAAGAUUCACUUAAGGAGCCAUACAGGUGAAAAGCCGUACCUUUGUCAGCACCCUGGCUGCCAGAAAGCAUUCAGCAACUCCAGCGACCGCGCCAAGCACCAGAGGACACACUUGGACACUAAACCUUAUGCAUGUCAGAUUCCAGGAUGUACUAAACGAUACACAGAUCCAAGUUCCCUGAGAAAGCAUGUGAAAGCCCAUUCUUCCCAAGACCAACAAGUUAGGAAAAAGUUGCGAUCGAGCUUAGAGCUUGGCCAGGACAUCCUGAAUGAGUGCCUUGCAAUCCAGCCCCUCCAACCAGCCCUGUCACCAUGUGAUGCUGCAGAUAAUACCAUGGAACACGCCCCAGGGCCUGCUCACAGUAUUUACUCAGCAGCUGUGUUCCCCAGCACACAGACAAGUCGAAGUGGAACAGCAGCUGGGGCACUGUCCUUGUCGCACCCCAGCAGCCACCCCUCUCCAGGACGUAACAUACAGGGUAGUCCUCUCCAUCCUCCUGGGCAGUUACCUCUUCUCUCAGCUGUGGACUCAGAGAGGUUUGUAGCCCCGGCUCCUUCUCCUCACCACAUCAGUCCCCAAAGAAUUUCAGUUCCACAUCACAUGAUGCAGAGACGGACUCCACAACCUCCUCACCUUCAACAGCCUGUAGGAAUGCCUCUAAAGACAUACGAGCCAGCAGCAAACCCUUCUUUUCAACCAAAUAGCCUCCACAUCCAAGAUUUUUAUGGGCAGCUUCAGACUUUCUGCCCUCCACAUUAUGCUGACACUCAGAAGAACGUACAACUUGGUGUUUCUUGUAAUGUGGUUCCUCCUUUUGAAGAGUGUUUAGCCCCUACAUCAGCUGGCCAGGCAGGGCUUGGCAUUUUCCAUCGAACUUUUUCAGCUCAUUCUGGCAUUACAGUUUAUGACUUUCCAGCAGGGUCCACAGGUAUCUUUGGUGAUUCAGCUCGCAGCAUGCCAGAGGAUAGCAGUUUCCUACAAGUAAAUGCGGUGGAUCGUUGUUCUAGCCAGCUUUCUUCCGUCUACACUGAAGGCUAAAGUAGCAUAAAUCUAGUUACAAGAACUUGAUUCCAUUUCAUCUUGACCUUCUGAUAUAUCUCUACAAAAUUUUUCUCUCCAUGAAACUGCCAUGUAUGUAUGGGGAUAUAGAUUGAUAUACAUACAUAAAGGAGAGAAAGAAAGUAAUUGCUGAACAUUCAUCAUGUUAUCAAGCAGUCAACUGGGAAAGAGAAUGUUUGGAGAAAGCAAGCUUUGCCAAAACCUUAGCAAUUGUUUCUUUUCUUUUCAUCUGUGGCACAGCAACUCUGCUUUUUUUUUCUUUCUUCUUUUCAAUUUCUUAAAGGGAAUUCACAGACUGAAUAAGAAAAUUGCUUGUUGGCUGAAAUCCUUUCAAGCUGAAUGGGUGGACCUGUUGAAGAACACAGCUUUAGAAAACUCCUUUUUAUAAAAAAAAAAGGAAAAGAAGUAAAACCAGAGCAUAUUACAAACAUUUCAAAGGCACACAGCUUUUUGCACAACCUGUUCACAUGUGAUGCUUCCAAAAUCAAACACACACAAGCAUCAAAAAGGGAGAGAAAUUAGACAUGUAUCCUGGCACUAACCAUUGGGGUAAUUGGUGCAGGUUCUUUUUGGUGCCAAACAUCAUUGGUACUGGAUUUAUUACAGGCUUUGGUUUAGGCAGUGUUUUCCUUCCCUCUGUAUUUUAAACCAUACAAUAUGGCCAUUGCUGGUUUUCCAAUAUUCCUUCUGACGCAGUGCUUAAUGCAAUGAAUAAGAAGGGUUAAAUGCACUACAUGAGAAGGUACAUGGACUUUGUCUAUAUUUAGCACAGCUGCUAGAUAAAAAUCAGUAUGUUUUAACUUUCUGUUGAUAUUUAAUUAUGUUAUAGAGUUUUAUUGCUGUAUGUGCUAUAGUACUCUGUAGGAAGGUUUAAAAUACCCUGUAGAAAAUAUAUUAUUCCUUAAAUUCCACAUAUUUUUUUAAAAGCAAUCUGCACUGCUUCAUUUAAAGUUUUGUUGCCCUAACAUUUUUCAUUUCCAUAACACAUUUUAGGAGGAAGAGCUACUCCUAAGUUUGCCAUGUUCCCUUUGGAACAUCUCUAAAUAAUUAGAGAUGUAAAACUGAACUGCUUUGGUGGUUUUGAUUUUUCUACUCAGUAUCAGGCUCUGGUCCUUUAAUUUAGUCCAGGAUGCAAGAAAAUGAGGUUGCACUUUGUGAAAGCUACAAGGGUAUGAGUUAAAACCAGUAUUCUGAGUGGAGAUGUGUCAUUGCUGUGAUCCUACAUACCUUGGGAGCAACUCUUACAUUAUGUAAGACUGAAUUUUAGGUUAUUAACCCCUGUUCAUCAAUUCCGUGGACUUCUUACUGUGUAGUGUGCAGCUUCAUAUUCUCAUGACUUGAGUUAAUGAGGACAAAAAUCCAAAGUUCAUUCUUACAGGCUAGACCAUAACUACACUUCUGAAAUCACUCGUCUAGAAAGGUGAAUUUAAAAAGAUGUUUAUACAAACAUUUUCUUAUCCUGAGAAGCUUUUGUGAGUUGCUGAAAGCAGUUUGGGUCAAAUUCAUAAUUUAAUUUGCCAUUAUGUUGCAUAGAUGAAUAUACAUCCAGAUGUUUAUAAACACUGGCAGUCUUUUGAGGUUUAUAUUCAGUGAGUGUAUUUGUACAUAAAGGCAUAUGUGCUUAUAUGUUUAAGGAGAUUUUCAUCCAAUAAAUGCAAAGUAUAUAUGGAUAAACUGUACACAUAAAUAACAUACAAUAAGAAGUAAUAUGGCUUAAAUCCAGAUAAUUCUGUACUAAAUUCUUCCCCCUUUUAUUCUGCUUCUCACAUCACAACUGAAUGUGUCCCUCUGCUUCAGCUUGCAAUAGUAGGUCUUGUUACCAGAUGUGGUUUGCAUUGGUUUAAACGAUAGCAGGCUUCCCUACACAGGUAUACAUACACCAGCAAAAAGACAGUCCUUUUGCAUUAAUGUAUGAUCUGGCUCAGCGCAUUGACAGUGAGUUUCAUUUUUUAAUAAAGCUUUAAUUUUGUGCUAUCUUAAAGCCCUUUCUGUGGCCACUCCACAUGCAUAGCUUGGUUCGUCAGGAGGAAUUAGGAAUGCUGAACACUUCAGUUUCAAAUGUGUAGAACUAUGUUUUGUUCCACUGAAGUCAGUAAGGGCAGGAUCAGGCCUGGUGUAUACAUAUGCAUGUAUAUGUACAUACAUACUUUUGUAUACUUCUAUAUAUGUAAGUCCUUCAGGGUUCUUUUAACCACAUGGUCGUCCAGAAUUUGUCAGUUGCUGUGUACAAAACUUAAAUAUUGCUGCUGACUUCAGCUCUGUACCACCUUGACUUUAAAUCUUUCGAACUAUUUUUUCUAGGAUCUGAAUACAGAAGCUAUCCAGUAGAGAGGGAGCUUAUACAUCAGGAAAGAUCCUGACUGAAGGGAAAGUGAGAAGACAGAAUUCAAAAAGGGUAUUCAUAAUUUGGGGAUUCAUCACUUACAUUUAAAAAAGGAAAUUUUUGCAGGUCGUUCAUUCAUUCAUUUUUUCACACACAAACACACACGCACAUAUAGAAUACAUAUUUACAGCUUUCUGUGAGCAUUAAUCUUAGAAAGAAAGAGCUAGAGUACAGUCAAGCAAAUGAGAGUGGGCUAUCAGUGUGUUAAAAGGUACACCUUUGUUUACUUCUGUAUCGAAGACAGAGGAUUCUUCGUUAUUAUUUCAUUAUUCUCUUUGGAGUCUGACUUUCGGGGAUCAACUUUUAUCACUGAGGACAACUGUAUUAAAAAGAACCAUUUUAUCUCAUGUAUUUUGAAUAUUUAAAUAGGGAAUUGUGUUUGUCACAUGUUACAAUGAAAAAUGGUGCUUGUGAAAACACAUAGUGUAAUGCCAGUUACUGACUUACAUGCAAAUACUUGUGCCUCAGUGAUUUUUGUGUUGUUAUUCUACUUGCUGGAUUAUUAACUUUCUAAAGGGAUUCAUAUCUAAGAGAUGAAGUUAUUUAGACUAUGGACAUUAAACAAUAUUCUGAUGAACUUAUUUACAGUCAUCCUUUUAUACAGUUCUCUUGUUUUCAGACUCAAAUGGUCUAUUUAUAUCUGCAUUAGAAAUGGGUCUACACUGGAGUUUAAAAUAUAGUUUUAAAGCGCAUGUGUACAUGUGUGAGUGUAUGUGAAUGCAUGUGUGUAUUUGGAUCUCCCUUUCUCUCUCUAUAUAUAUACACAUGAUAUACCUACAGGCAUUAUGGUUUACUAAUACUGGAUGCUGAAGUAUUGCAGUGCUAAGGCCAUCUGUCACAUUGUAUUUUGUUUUCAACUUUCUUUGAAGAGGUGUGAAUGAGUAUAAAAUUACAUUUUAACUGUUUAUUACCUGUUUUCCCUGCAUAAUUUUAUAGCAGAUUUUUUUAAACAGCACUUUCUUGUUGUUUGUGUGAAAUUUUGUCGUUUUUUUUUUAAUUAUUUUUUAUUUCCUAUGAACAGAUAAAGCAAAAGACCACAAUUUAAAACCAGCUGAGUGGGGGUUUAUUUAAGAAAAAAAAUACCUUUAUUCUGUACAGAAAGCAGCAUCUUGUGUAAUUUUUUACACAAAGCACUUUGUUGAGGAAAGAAAAAGAGAGUAGGUUUUUCCUAAACCUUGCAGAGUAUUCUACAUAUUUAUACAUGCUUACUCAUACAGAUAUGAAGUCCAUUUGCCAUCCUGUAUAUCUGGCUGAUAUUUGCUCUAAAAACAUAUAUGUUGCAUACCAUGAAAAAUAAAUUUUUAAAAGAAUUAGUUAUGCUUUUUUCUCUACUAGUAUGUAUAAUUUUGUGAUUUGUUGUAGUUACUUUUCAUAUAAUCGUAAGUUAUUCUUGUCCUGUUUCAUAAAAUUCUUUUUUAUGUAAGAGGUAAAUUUGAAAGGUGUAUGUGCAUGGUACAAAAUAAAAGUGGAAAAUUAUAACUCAAUGACAUGACAAGUAGAACGUCUUAUUGUGAGAUGCCUUUCAAGAAUACUGCUCCAGGCAUUGUCUUUCACCAUAAAACUACUAGUAUUUGCAUGGGUUAGUAUAAUUAGAAACAGAAAUAGAAAAAAAAAUCUCCGAGAUUUCUUCUAAAAAACACUUGGGUCAGAGGUUUAAGUCUGGAUUUAAUUAUUGUUAUAGUGAGGCUAGAGAUUUGUAGUGGUAAAUUAAUGCCUCAGUAUGUGUUUACACCCUGGGUGGAGACACAAAUAAAAGAACUUUUAAUUACA